AUGGAAAUCCCCGACUGGAGAGAGGUCGACGGCUUGUCCAGCGACUUAGCAAUUCUCGACUUUAAGAUCUUCGAAAUGGGUAGCCAGAUUCCAUCUCAAGGCGGUAAAGUGCUUUUGACUGGUGGAAGUGGCUUCAUCGCCUCUCAUGUUCUGGAUACUCUUCUUGACCACGGAUUUAAGGUCGUGGUGACUGUAAGAUCCGAGGAAAAGGGCCGUAAGCUCCUGGAGUCUCUCGAGGGUCCCCUCAAACAGGCCGUCUCGUUCGCCGUUGUUCCAGACAUAGCGGUGGAGCAUGCGUUUGACCAGGCCAUACAAUCGGACCCUCCCUUCGACUUCGUCGUCCAUACGGCCUCGCCCUGCCACAACAACGUCCAGGAUCCGUACCGGGACAUGCUAGAUCCCGCAAUCAGAGGCACGUCCGGCAUGCUCAUGUCCAUCAAAGAGUACUCCCCGACGGUGAAGCGGGUGGUCAUCACCUCUUCCGCAGCGGCCAUCCUGAACCCGCCGAACCACGCCAAGCUGUACGACGAGACGAUGUGGCCAGACAUCGAUCUGAACCGGCCGAAUCCGGCCCCGGACAUGUUUUACAAAGCUAGCAAGGUCGGUCAAUGCCAAAACUUCCCAAAUAUCGCGGGAAGAAGCUUACUUGCGAGACCACAGGUUCUCGCGGAACGCGCGGCGUGGGAUUUCGUGCAGAACGAGAAGCCCAACUUCGACCUGGUCACCAUCAACGGCACCUUCACGUUUGGCCCGGUGCAGAGGCAGCUUCGCAGCUCGGCCGGGAUCAACCUCUCGAACCGGCCCAUCGUCGAUAUGGUCCUGGGCCGCAUGAAGGACAAGAUUGCACCAACAGCCCCGGUCUACACAUACGUGGAUGUUGAAGACGUGGCCCUGGCGCAUGUGCGGUCUCUUAUCGUCCCCGAAGCUGGCAACAACCGCUUCUAUAUCGUCGGCGGGCACUGGUCGACAAAGAGAGUGGCGGACAUCAUCCGGGAGUCUCACCCGGAGCUGAAGGAGAUGCUGCCACCGGAUGACUCUGCGGAUGAUCUCCCUGACGAUGUCUACCAGUUCGACAACACCAAAUCUCGUAAGAUUCUUGGACUAGAAUACAAGGGUCUCAAGGAGAGUGUAGUUCCCACUGUGGAGUCGAUUCUCAGGUUGCAAAAGCUGGAGGCAUCCGAGGCAGCUUAG